CGGCCCCGCCGCCACGGGGCUGCAGAGCUGCCGGAGCGGCGAGGAGCGCCCCGGAGACGCGGCACCACCGGUGCCAGGCGCUGCCGGCCGCCAUGGGGGAACAACCCAUCUUCAGCACCCGAGCUCAUGUCUUCCAGAUUGACCCAAACACUAAGAAGAACUGGGUUCCCACCAGCAAGCAUGCUGUUACUGUGUCCUACUUCUAUGACAGCACAAGAAAUGUCUACAGGAUAAUCAGUUUGGAUGGCUCAAAGGCAAUAAUAAACAGCACCAUCACCCCAAACAUGACAUUUACUAAAACAUCCCAGAAGUUUGGCCAGUGGGCAGACAGCAGGGCGAAUACAGUCUAUGGCUUGGGAUUUUCAUCUGAACAUCACCUUUCAAAAUUUGCUGAAAAAUUUCAAGAGUUCAAAGAAGCUGCACGAAUAGCAAAGGAAAAAUCCCAUGAAAAGAUGGAGUUAACAAGUACACCCUCUCAAGAAUCAGCUGGAGGGGAUAUUCAGUCUCCUUUAACUCCGGAAAGCAUUAAUGGGACAGAUGACGAGCGAGCGAUGCCAGAAGUGACACAGAACUCAGAACCAAGGGCUGAACCAACACAGAACGCAUUGCCAUUUACCCAUAGUUCGACAAUCAGCAAGCACUGGGAGGCAGAACUGGCCACGCUCAAGGGUAAUAACGCUAAGCUCACAGCAGCCCUGCUGGAGUCCACUGCCAAUGUGAAACAAUGGAAACAGCAACUUGCUGCGUAUCAGGAGGAAGCAGAACGUCUUCAUAAGCGGGUGACUGAGCUAGAGUGUGUGAGCAGUCAAGCCAAUGCAGUCCACACACAUAAAACAGAAUUAAACCAGACAAUACAGGAAUUAGAGUCUACACUGAAGAAAAAAGAAGAGGAAAUAGAAGGAUUGAAACAAGAAAUUGAAAAUGCCAGAGAGCUCCAGGCACAGAGGGAUUCUCUGACCCAGAAGUUACAGGAAGUAGAAAUUCGAAACAAAGACCUGGAAGGACAGCUGUCUGAUCUAGAGCAACGUCUGGAGAAAAGUCAGAAUGAGCAAGAAGCUUUUCGCAAUAACUUGAAGACACUUUUAGAAAUCCUUGAUGGAAAAAUAUUUGAACUAACAGAAUUACGAGAUAACUUGGCCAAGCUAAUAGAAUGCAGUUAAAGAAAAUGGGAUUUCAGUGCCAAUCAGCUUAAAGAUGCAGUACUGUCUCUCUUCAUAGGACUGUGUUGGGCUCUGCAUCAAAGUUGCACAAAAUUAGAAAAUACUCCUCUGAGAGGGAUUAUUUUAAAUUUGACUUGUAAUUCAAUGAAAAAAUUUGGAACUCAGCUUGUAGCCAGUUGAAGAAAAACAAACAAACAAAAAAACUUGAAUUACAAAUUACCUCCUUUCACAUUAUUGGCCACAGAUAACUUGAAAGAUAGUAACGAUAAUUGAAUGCAAUCCUUUUCUAAUUAUCAGUGAUAGAAGAAUUAGCAGUGUCCCAGGACACCCCCCAUUUUGUGACAGAUACAAUAUAGGUUAUUGGCUGUUUUAUUUAAGAUUUUAAAUGCUGUGUUUUGUGCAAGAACUUAGUGAUGACAGCCCUGUAUUUUGUUGUUCUUAAUAAUUUCUCAGGAUAUGUUGCACUGUGAAGAAUCAGUGCCAAAACAAAUUUAUUCUUGCCAGGAAUGAGAGAGAGUUGCAUCUUUAAUUGAAACAAAUCUACUAUAACUGCUUGUAUAAACUUAUUCCUUUUUGGUUUUUUGGGGUUGGUUGACUGGUUGGUUUUUGGAUUUUUUUAAUAGGUAUACAUAUAUGCUGGAAGAUACCGUAUUUCUUUAUGGAGCUUACUUUGGUGUUCUACAAUAUUGUCCAAUAUAAGGUUUAGUUCUUCAUAUUAAUUCCUUGCAAUUACAGUGAGAUAGUAUCUUCCACUUAACUAAAUUUUGAAGCCAACCAGUGAUAGAAGGUGAGUUCCACCAGAAAAAAAAAGAGCCCAAACCCCCCCAAGAAUUUUAAAUGUAAACUUAAAAUUUUAGAUUUGACCUGCACAGAUAACAAUGAAUGGCCAGUUUUUUGUUUUCUGGCCUUGAUACUUAUAUUGAAUGUUCAAUUUGCUGUUAACCUGUUCUGCAGGAGACUUUUUCAGAAUGUGACAUGAAAUAGAGGUUCUGUGGAUAAUGGCUUAUGGGGAGCAUUGUUCUGUUGCAGAUUCAUUAAGGGCACAGAGGUACCACAAGGCAUUGUUGGUGGUACUGAACGUGUCUAGCCAAAAAGACUGUUUCUUGAAAUUUUGUUGUCAUAGCAAAUUGAACUGAAGACAUGUUUACUCUUUUAUGGGUCUUCAUAUCACAUCUUUAUCAAAACUACACCAGGCAAUAUUCUGAACUGUUAACUAAGUGUUUAAAAACAGGACAUUGAAUUGAAUUAUCCUCAAUGAGCAGGUUUUAAAGUUGUUUUGAUGUAAUUUUAACAGACUUUUG